GUUCCAUUUCCAUGCAGCCGCAAAUUCUUCUCCAUUGAUCAUCAGCAAACCAAAUACCCUUAUCCAAAAACCAAAAAUUUAUUAAAAUUCUCAUUCAUUACAUCCCAAAAUAAAAAUGGAUUCAUCAAGUUCAUAUUGUUCCGAUCAUCAUCAAACAGGCAUUAUUGUUGUCAACAAUUCGGAUGAAGAAAUCAUUUUGUCGUCCAGCCGGCCGAAGAAGCGGGCCGGGAGGAAGAAGUUCAAGGAAACGAGGCACCCGGUUUACCGUGGAGUAAGAAGACGGCGGUGGAAUUCAAACAAAUGGGUUUGCGAGCUCCGGGAACCCAACAAGCAAAAGAGGAUUUGGUUAGGAACUUAUCCCACUCCUGAAAUGGCGGCUCGAGCUUACGACGUCGCUGCUUUAGCAUUCAGGGGGAAUUUAGCUUGUUUAAACUUCGCCGACUCCGUAUGGAGGUUGCCGGUUCCGGCAACCAAAGACGCCAAGGAUAUCAGGAAGGCGGCCUUUGAAGGAGCUCAAUUGUUUAGCCCGGGCAAUGUCGAUCGGGCUUCUUUAAGCAAUGGGAGUGGCAUAAGUGCUUCUCUCAGUGAUGAUCAGACCUCGGGCGAUCAAGAAGAAGAAGGCGCGAGUUUAACUCACGCCUCCUUCAGUACUAGCGAGGUUACUAGUAAUGUCGGAAUUGAUAUCAGAGAUGAUAAUUCAAUCCAGACUGCGGUGAACAACGAUCGAAAUCAAGUAUUUGCUUAUGAUGAUGAAACUCAGUUUGAUAUGGUCAAUGUUAUGGCAGAAGGGCCUAUGCUAUCUCCACCUCAUCAUACUUAUUGUUUAGAAGAUUGCUUUGGUUAUGAUGAUGAUUACAUGGAAAGUGAUGCCCAAGUGUCACUUUGGAGUUAUUCAUUUUAGAUAUAGGUAGAAAACUUGAAGUAGUACUUGUUUAGGUUGUCCUCAUGAUUUAAUGUGUUAAUUUUGGCCUUUUUAUUUUUAUUUUUUGGUACAAUAGAAAUUUGACCGUUUUGAUAUGCUUCCUUGUAGAAGUCUAAGAAAAGAUAGUUUGGAUUAUGUGUGAAUCAAGUAGAACAACACCAAGUCAAACUGCAUCUUUGAAUAGUUUUAGUACUGCUGGUAUAUUUUAUAUGGUCAAAGGUGCUGCGGAAUCUUGUUUUAAUUUUGUUCCGCGAACCUACGUUCUGUUUGUCUCAGUGCAGCAGUUGUACACCUCUUCUACUCGUAUUUUUAAUUUAUGAUAUACUGAAAAAGUGAGCUUUUUCACAAUUGAUAUUGUUUAUGUUAAC